UCAGGAACUGCAUGAUGGACCUUGCGUCAGCCGGCGCGCUUCAGCAGUGUUUCUUCCUUCGAAGUUCAUUUAGAACCGACAAUUAAAUUAUCAGCUCCAUGCGACCCGAUUAGUGCGUGUGUACAACCUUUUCUACACUUCUGUGUUUACAACCACAGGUUGUGUGUGUAUAUUGGUUUUAAAGUGAGAUGCCCGAGUUUGUGUACUUUUCUCCGAGACGUGAGAACACGUUACUUAGUGGACGUGGCCAGUCAAUCCGACCCAACGUGAUUUCACGUCUUGUCGUCUACGUGUGUGAUUGCAGGAGGUGUACAGAGUGCAAGGUUCUCUAACUGUUUGGACCUGGGACACCACACACACACACACACACACACACACACACACACACACACACACACAUAUAUGAGAGAAGUCCAGGAUCUCCAGCUCACGAAUUCAACUCUUCAUUCAGGAAAGGUUUCAUCUGCUGUGAGCUUUGAGCAGUCUGAAGAUGUCGUGUUUGUUGGUGGGGAGUCUGAAAAGGUUGGAUAUUUUGUGUGCGGCAGUCGGGGUCCGCUCACUAGCCACCAUCCCCACUCUCCCCAAAGCUGUGGCUGAUUUUGUAUCAGAAGCUGCAGCUGAAUGCAAACCCGCUAAAGUGCAUGUGGUGACUGGCACACCUGAGGAGACUGCUGACAUUUUGGCUGGUUUGGAAAAGGAUGGAAUGGUUAAAAAAUUGCCGAAGUAUGAGAACUGCUGGCUGGCUCGUACAGACCCGAAAGAUGUGGCUCGUGUGGAGAGUAAGACAGUGAUAGUCACAAAGAAGCAGAGAGACACAAUUCCCAUUCCCAGCAACGGGGUGAAGAGUCAGCUCGGCAGCUGGAUGAGUGAAAAUGAAUUUCAGAAAGCCAGGGAGGCCAGAUUCCCCGGUAGCAUGUCAGGUCGGACAAUGUAUGUGAUCCCGUUCAGCAUGGGUCCAGUGAACUCCUCUCUUGCUAAGUUUGGUGUUCAGGUGACGGAUUCUCCAUACGUGGUGGCUAGCAUGGGAAUAAUGACUCGCAUGGGGGCACCUGUUCUAAAGAAACUUGCAGAGGGUGCGGACUUUGUUCGCUGCCAGCACUCUUUAGGUCGACCUCUGCCGCUUAAAGCUCCAUUGAUAAACCAGUGGCCUUGUAAUCCAGAAAAGGUGCUGAUCUCACAUCUCCCAGACACCAGGCAGAUCCUGUCUUUCGGAAGUGGUUAUGGUGGGAAUUCACUCCUGGGGAAAAAGUGUUUUGCACUCCGUAUUGCCUCUCGCAUUGCUAAAGAUGAAGGCUGGCUGGCAGAACACAUGCUGAUUCUAGGAAUCACAAAUCCUCAGGGUGUGAAGCGGUACAUUGCAGCAGCUUUCCCAAGUGCUUGUGGUAAAACUAACCUGGCCAUGAUGAAGCCAACAGUGCCAGGUUGGAAGGUAGAGUGUGUAGGAGACGAUAUUGCUUGGAUGAAAUUUGACAAUCAGGGUAAACUCAGAGCUAUUAAUCCAGAAAACGGGUUCUUUGGUGUGGCCCCUGGUACCUCUAUGAAGACAAACCCUCAUGCCAUGGAAACCAUUUCAAAGAACACGAUAUUCACAAAUGUGGGUGAGACAAGUGAUGGUGGCGUUUGGUGGGAGGGUCUGGAAGCACCGCCAGCUGCCGUCUCUUUGAAUGACUGGCAUGGAAAUUUAUGGAAGCUUGGUGAUUCCAAACCUUGUGCACACCCAAACUCAAGGUUUUGUGCCCCCGCGGCCCAGUGUCCCAUCAUGGACCCUCUGUGGGAGAGCGAUGAAGGAGUACCAAUUGAUGCCAUCAUAUUUGGCGGACGGAGACCAGAGGGAGUACCGCUAGUGUAUGAAUCAUUUAACUGGCGACAUGGAGUGUUUGUAGGUGCUGCCAUGAGAUCGGAAUCUACAGCAGCUGCAGAACAUAAAGGUAAAGUCGUCAUGCACGACCCCUUUGCUAUGCGUCCUUUCUUUGGCUACAACUUUGGUGACUACCUGAGUCACUGGCUGAGCAUGGAGACCAGAAAGGCACCCACACAGCUCCCCAAGAUCUUCCACGUCAACUGGUUCCGGAAAGAUCCGAAGACCAACUCCUUCCUGUGGCCCGGAUUUGGAGAGAAUUCGCGAGUGCUUAAAUGGAUCUUCCACCGUUGCGGACGCACCAGUGAAGAUGAGGGAGCUAGAAAGAGCGCAAUAGGAUGGUUGCCUCAAGAAGGUGCCAUUGACGUACAAGACCUGGGCCAGAAAGUCGACAUGGAGGCGCUCUUUGAUGUUCCUUUAGCUUUCUGGCGAAAAGAAGCCGAAGAAAUCAGAGCUUACUUUACACAGCAGGUGGGCGCUGACCUACCUAAGCAGCUAGAGAUGGAGCUUAGGGCACUCGAGGAGAGAGUUAGGGACUGAACCAAAAGACAUUAAACAAAAAUACACUACUUCAAAUGUAUUAUGCAAGGCAUUUUUAAACUUCAGUUGGGGAGGUAAACAAGUGUAUAUGGUGUAAUCAUUCCUGUAAUAAUAAUAAUAAUAAUAAUAAUAAUAAACUACACCAGCCAAGAUGGGUUUUUUUUACAGUAACUGUACCUCAAUGCCAUAUUUUCGUGAAGGGUUACAUACAAUUUCUUUUUAAGUCUUAUUCUAGUCAGACUUUGUCUUCUUAAUGUUUUAACAAAUGUACAUGCAAUUUUGAGUAUAUAAGAGACAUUAGACCAAAAUAUGUUUAGGAGAAUUGUGAAACUUGACUUUGACCUCACUGAAUAAACCAUUGAAAAAUUA